AUGUCUCAUCUCGAAGGUUCAGAAUGUAUCGAAGCCUUAAUUCCAUUUGUCAAAGCGUUUUCAUUCACCUGGUUCAAUUUACAAGCGGCCAAACGUCGUUACCAGAAACAACACGAAACGCCCAUGCCUAUCGAGAUGGAACGCGUGAUGAAGGAAGAUUUUAUGAAUCAACGCUAUGCGGAUAAGAUCAAAUGGACUGUCCGAAUAUUGGCGAAACUACGAAAAGAUAUCAAACGUGAAUGUCGUGGUGACCUUGUCAAAACAAUUACCGAGGGAAAUAUUCAAAGUCCGUGUAUCAUAUCGAAUGCCGAUACGAAAAGUAAAAUGCGCCGUAUUGAUUGUUUACGCCAGGCUGAUAAAGUCUGGCGCUUAGACGUUGUUAUGGUUGUUCUAUUUCGUGGAAUUCCAUUGGAAAGUACGGAUGGCGAACGAUUGAGUAAAUGUAAAGAAUGCAAAAGUCCGGCAUUAUGCAUUAAUCCAUAUCAUAUUGUUAUACAUGUAAAAGAACUUGAAGUUUAUCUUGUAAAUUUUAUUAAUAAUGCACAAGCGGCACCGGCGAACAUCAUUCCAAGUGUUUUUUCUACCAGUGAAUUACAACAUAUGGCAACGAGUUCGAUUAGUGAAGGUGGUUCGACGAAAGAAGUCCUUGGUGCGGAUUAUCUAGGAUCAAUGUUAAAAAUGGAAACCGACGAUUAUGUCGAUACACAGUCAGUACCAACGGUCCAACAGCCAGAUUUGUUAAAAAUGUGUCGUAGCAGAAAACCAAGUUCGUCUGACAGUCCUCGUAUAGUGAAACGACGUCGUACAUUGAACAAUACGUGUUCAACGGAUGAGGGAGAUGGCCCUGAUAUCAAUGAUGACCCAGCUUCAACAUAUGACGUAUAUGAACAAAAAAUUUCGACAGCAACCACUGCUGAACCAUCAUCGUCGAUAUCAGCAUGCCGCGCCUCAUCAACUAAUGAUUCCAAUGCCUAUUCAAGUUUUUCACAACAACAGCAACAACAAGAGGAAAUCAACAACGUAUCGAAACCUGUUAUGGAAUCAAGUAAAGUCGAACCAACAACACCGCGACCACCAUUUUCACAAAUUGGUAUUCAUAAUCAUGUCUCUUUGAAUUUACAUUUCACCAGCCAACAACAGCAACAGCAGCAUCAACAGCACCAACAACAGCAGCAGCUUUUACCAAAACCAUUGUCGUUAUCAUCAUCAUCAUCAGCAGCAGCAGCAGCAGCGACAUCGACGUCCCAACAAUCCUCAGACUCAAAAAUUCUUUCCGAACGCCUUAUUGAAACACUUGUACAACGUUUUAACGAUAGUCAACAACAGCAACAACAGCAACAACAACAACAACGUACAUCUUCUCAUCCGCAUACAAUUGAAUAUUAUCACCAGGAUUCAUCAAACGAGUUACCAUCUAUGAAACAGAAGAUGUCAAAUAAACUUUUUACAAAGCCGUACUCUGCCACAGCAGUCAAUAUCUUAUCUUCUCGUGAAAGACCGAUAACGGCAUCGUCAUCCUCCCUCACAACCGGAAACAACUACAACACAUCUUUCAUUCAAUCACAACCAGAUGACAAAACGAAUUCAAACAGUGCCAUGCGCAUAACUUCAGCUGCUGACCGUGUUUUACCCGCAUUUCACACGUUUUCCGAAUUGAAAAGUUAUUUGCAAACAAUCGGCUUAGAUGUUGAAUUAGUACCAGCAUCGAAUACGACAACGACAGACAUACAUCAACAAUCAAGAAAUAUCGAUCCCGUUCAACAACGAAUAUCCACAAAUGAACAACAACAACAGCAACAAUAUCAAGUUCGCUCGGAUACAGUUAACAUUACUCAGACACCACAGCAACCACAAAUUGUCAUGUUAGCAAAUAGUGAUAAUAAUCGAAAUUCACGCAAUGAUAAUGGUCAGUGUAGUCGAUCAAGUUCAAUUAGUGUACCACCUAAUGUGCUCACUGAGAAGUUACUUCAAUAUGCUUCAAGCACUUCAUCGAUUCGUCAUUCACAUCUUUCCUCCCGUCCUUCAUCCUUAUCAUCUCAACAACAACAACGUCGUUCACCGUCGAAACCACCGAUUGUUACUGAAAUCGCCAAUUUAUUAUCUGUCUCAAAUAAUGCAAAUAAAGAUCAUCCAAUUGUUCAACAAGUCACUCGUCAAACUCUUCUUCCUCCACCACCCCCACCACCCUUUACUACAUCGGAUCCGACAACAACAGUCUAUCAUCGUAUCGCAUCAGCUGAUAAAGUAUCGACGAUAAUUAAGCGUGAUUUUAUUCAUGAUGAUGUUCAUCAAAAUGAUCCUGAAGUUGAAGAAUAUAUGUACACACCUACAGCUGGUCGUUCGUCUAAAUCACUGAAAACAGCAACAUCUCAAACAAGCAAUGAUACGACAACAAAAUCGAUUGUUGUUCUCGAAAGUGGCUCAGCUAGUAAUAGUAAUGAUAGUAAUGUUUCUUCAGUGUCCUCAUCGUCGUCGACAUCAAUGAAUAAUCCGGCUGCUAAUAAUCACAAUAAUAAUAAUAAUGUUUCCUUGAUACAUAGUCUCAGUAAAAGCAAACAUAGUUCCACAUCAUCAAGCCAAGAUCCACGAAACAUCUGUGAUCUUCUCUUAAUGUUAUACGAACAGGAACGAACACGAAGUACACAAUUGCAACAACAAAUUGAACAAGUCAGCCGCCAACAUCGUUCGAGAAAUUCAAGUGGACAAUCUCAUUCAAGCGAAUCACAAACAGGUCUUGAAACUCCGCAAGGACCGACAAGUGGCAAUACGAACUCCACACGUAUUCUAAGUCCAGCAGCAUGGAUAUCAACAACAGGAAAAGAUAAAACAUCUGUUCAUAUUCAACAGAGUCAUCAUCAGACAUUGAAGUUUGAUUCUUCAGCAUCAAUGAAUGGUUCACCUCCAGAAUCGCAAGAUUGUUCACCACCUGAUCCAACGAAGAGUGGCCUAAGUCCAACGAAAGUAGUUCAAUUUUCUCAAUCGAUCGGUUCAGCACAAAACCUUAUCCCACGACCUGUACCAAUGUUAGCAACAAACGAUGGUCUUGUACGUCAUACAUCAUCAUCAUCAUCACACGCCGCGACACCAACAGGAUCAAAUAGUUCAUCGAAUAAUGGUGUAAUCUAUACCCCGGGCAAUCGUCUCUUUCAAAGUCCUCUUGGACAAGCAUUUGCGGCAGCUUUAAGUCCAGGUCUAAGUCCAUUUUUAUCCCCAUCAACUAGUCGUGCUGGUACACCAAGUGAAUUAAUGAUAAUUCCUGCUGAUUUACUUAAUGUUCUCAAUAGUCGUAAUUGGAGUGAAGAUGAAUUCUUACAAGCAUUUGUUAAUCAUUUAGAUUCUGGUGGUGUGUAA